UAGGGCGGGCGGGGCGGGGCGGGGGCGGGCGGCGGGACCUACUUUCCUCUGGAAAUGGCCGCGCCGGGGAGCACCGUCCGCCCCGCGCCCCGAGGCCCGUCGGCGUAGGGGGCGGCCGCGGGGCCGCGGGCCUCCCCCGAGGGACGCCGGAGGCAGGAUGGACGAACAGAAGCCGCCCAGCGAGCAGAAGGACGCGGACGCGCCAGCCGAUGGGGCCGUGGCCUCGGAGGAGACGGGCAGCGCGGAGGGGGACCCCCUGAAACCCCCCGAAGGAGCCUCCGCGGGGCCGGAGCCGGAGAGCACGGACACAAAGGGACCUCCCCAGGCCGGCAGCACGCCGGCCCGCCGCUGCGCCCUCUGCAACUGUGGGGACUGGAGCCCGCACGGGCAGCGGGAGCUGCAGCGGUUUGAGCCGGCGCCCGACUGGCCUGAGCAGCUGGUGGGGCACCAGCCCCCCGAGGGUCCCGGCCAGCCCCCCCCGGAGCUGGAGCCGGUGGGUGACGACCUGACGCAGAUCGGCUUCUCCGAGCGGGUGACUCCAGCGCAGCUCUUUGAGCCGACGGGGCACUGCUGGGUCCACCGCUGGUGCGCAGCCUGGUCCGCCGGCGUGGGGCAGGAGGCGGCGGGCUUGACCGGCGUGAGCAGAGCUGUUUUCUCAGGGAUCUCACAGAAAUGUGAACACUGUCGGCGGACGGGGGCCACCAUCCCGUGCCGGGCGGCCGGCUGCCCCCGCCUCUACCACUUCCCCUGCGCCGCCGCCAGCGGCUGCUUCCAGUCCAUGAAGACCCUCCGGCUCCUCUGUCCCGAGCACGUGGCCGAGGCCGUGCAGAUGGAGGACGCCCGGUGCUCGGUAUGCGACGGGCCGGGUGACCUGCGGGACCUGGUUUUCUGCACCAGCUGCGGGCAGCACUACCACGGGGCCUGCCUGGACAUUGCCCUGACGCCCCGCAAGCGCUCGGGCUGGCAGUGCCCUGAGUGCAAAGUGUGCCAAACCUGCAGGCAGCCUGGCGAGGAUUCCAUGAUGCUGGUCUGUGAGGCUUGCGACGAGGGCUACCAUACUUUCUGCAUGGAGCCAGCCAUCGAGGGCCUCCCCGCUGACUCCUGGAAGUGCAAGAACUGCCGGAUCUGCUCGGACUGCGGCCGGCGCCCGGCAGGGCUCGACCCCGGCUGCCAGUGGUACCAGAGCUACUCGGUGUGCGAGGGCUGCCAGCGGCGCCGCACCGCAGAGGACGCCCGCGGGGUGCCGGCACACGCGCCGCAGCCGGACCCACCUGCCCAGACGUUGGCGUCCCCUGAUCGCAGCGAUCUGACGGAUGUGCCCGUCCCCCCGCCUGAGCCGGAGCCUGCAGGGUGCGAUGAGGAGACGCAGCUUGGGGGGGAUGACCCCAAGGAGGCACCCCCGGGUGAUGGCGGGUCUCCUCCUGGCGAGCCGACCCCUGUGGAGAUGUCCCCCAGCGAGGUGCCCCCUGAUGAACUGCCCCCCGAGGAGCCCCCUCCUCUCGUGCAGCCCCCCGAGGAGCCCCCUCCUCUCGUGCAGCCGCCCGAGGAGCCCCCUCCUCUCGUGCAGCCCCCCGAUGAGCCCCCUCCUCUCGUGCAGCCCCCCGAGGAGCCCCCUCCUCUCGUGCAGCCCCCCGAGGAGCCCCCUCCUCUCAUGCUGCCCCCCGAGGAGCCACCCCCUGAUGAGCUGUCCCUCGAGAGACCAUCCUUUGACGAGCCGCCCCUUGACAGACCCCCCCUUGAGGAGCUGCCCCCCAGUGAACCACCCCUUGACGAACCGCCCCUCAACGAGCUGCCCCUCGACAUACCUCCCCUCGAUGAGCUGCCCCCCAGUAAACCGCCGCUCGAGAAGUCACCCCCUGACGAGCUGCCCCCCGACGAGCUCCUCCUUGACAAAUCACCCCCCGAUAAGCUGCCCCCCAACGAGAUGCCCCUUGACAAGUCUCCCCCCAACGAGCCGCCCCCCAACGAGCUGCCCCUUGACGAGCCGCCCCCUGAUGAGCUGCCCCCCAACAAACCACCCCUCGAUGAGCUGCCCCCUGAAGAACCUGCCCCUGACGAGCUGCCCCCCGAAGAGCUGCUCCCCAGCGAGCUGCCCCCCGAGGAGGACCCUAAGCCACCAGGUCUCCUUCCCGAGGUGGCUGUGGCAGAGGAAGCGCCAGCCCUGGCCCCGGAGGUGCCCCCCGAAGAGGAGAUGGAGAUGGAGCCGGAGCCCUUGCUGCCCCCCGAGACGGCACCCCCCACCCCCGCUCCCCCAGAUCUCCGCGCCAUCUCGCCUGCCCACCCCCCAGACCCCUCGCCUGACGCCAAGGAGGACGAGGUGCCCGAGCCACCCACCCCAGCCCUGCCCGAGCCCCCCGGCAGCCCCGGCACUGCCAUGGACACUGAGCCCCCCAGCUCCCCGCCACCCCCCCUGGGCUCACCUGCCUGCACCCUGGCCCCCGCCGAGCCCCCCGAGGAUGAGGAGAUGGAGACAGCCGGUGGUGAGGGGGAGUCACCAGCCAGCCCCCCUGGAGAUGGCCCCCAUGCCAGCCCAGCCCCGGAGCUGGGGUCCUUCCCGGGCCUGCCUGAGGAGGAGGAAGAGGAGGAGGAAGAAGCACCGAGGCUGGAGCGGGAGGGCACCAGUGGGAGCUCCCCACCGCUGAGUGAGGAGGAUGCGCUGGAGGAAGGCCGGGCUGGGGGGGACACCGAAGCCAAGGGGUCCCCCCUGCUCCUGGAGCCGGAGGAGCUGGGCCCCGAGACCCCCAUGGAGGUGUGCGCUGCCGGGGAGAAGCUGCUGGGGCGUGGGGACGAGGGGGGCCCCGAGCCCCCGGCCCUGCGCCCCCGACCCGACAUCCUCAACGAGAUCUCCAACCUGAGCCAGGGGGACACCAGCAGCAGCUUCCCCGGCUCGGAGCCGCUGCUGGGCUCCCCGGACCCCGAGGGUGGGGGUUCGCUGUCCCUCGAGCUGGGGCCAGCUUCGGCCGACGCCAGCCUGCAGAAGGAGGACGCCGGAUCGCUGCCGCUGGGUGCCGAGACCGACGACUCGCUGCUCUUCGAGCCGGCUGCCAAGGGGGACGGGGACAAGAGCCGGCGGCGCAGCUCCCCGGGGCGCUCCCGUGUCAAGCAGGGUCGCAGCAGCAGCUUCCCCGGGCGGAGGCGCCCCCGAGGUGGGUCCCACGGGGGCCGGGGCCGGGGCCGUGCGCGCCUGAAGUCGACCACCUCGUCCGUUGACACCCUAGCACUUGCCGACGUGGAGAGCUCACCCAGCAAGGAGGAGGAUGAGGACGAUGAUGACACGAUGCAGAACACGGUCGUCCUCUUCUCCAACACCGAUAAGUUCGUGCUCAUGCAGGACAUGUGCGUGGUGUGCGGCAGCUUCGGGCGCGGGGCCGAGGGGCACCUCCUCGCCUGCUCCCAGUGCUCCCAGUGCUACCACCCCUACUGUGUCAACAGCAAGAUCACAAAGGUGAUGCUGCUGAAGGGCUGGCGCUGUGUGGAAUGCAUCGUUUGCGAGGUGUGCGGCAAAGCCUCCGAUCCCUCCCGGCUCCUGCUCUGCGACGACUGCGACAUCAGCUACCACACCUACUGCCUGGACCCCCCCCUGCAGACCGUGCCCAAGGGUGGCUGGAAGUGCAAGUGGUGCGUAUGCUGCGUGCAGUGCGGGGCGGCUUCCCCCGGUUUCCACUGCGAGUGGCAGAACAACUACACCCACUGCGCGCCCUGCGCCAGCCUGGUCGUCUGCCCCUUCUGCCGCGAGAAGUACGUGGAGGACGACCUGCUCAUCCAGUGCCGGCACUGCGAUCGGUGGCUGCACGCGGCGUGUGACAGCCUUUUCACGGAGGAGGAGGUGGAGCAGGCUGCGGACGAAGGCUUCGACUGCAGCGCCUGCCAGCCCUACGUGGUCAAGCCGGCCGUGCCCGCGCCGCCCACAGACAUCGCUUCGGCCAAGGCCAAGGAGCCAGAACCCCAGUAUUUCCGCUUCGAGGGCGUGUGGCUGACGGAGACGGGGAUGGCGGUGCUGCGCAACCUCUCCCUGUCGCCCCUGCACAAGCGGCGGCAGCGCAAGGGCCGGCUGGGCACCCUGAACGGGGACGGGGGGCUGGAGGGGGGCGACCCCCUGGGCCCCGACGACAAGAAGGACGGCGAUCUGGACGCUGACGAGCUGCUCAAAGCUGAAGUGGGUGUUGAGCACAUGGAGUGCGAGAUCAAGCUGGAGGCUCCGGCUAGCCCUGACCGUGACAUUGGGGCUGACGUGGACUCGGGAAAGGGGCUGGAGGACCCGGAGGAGUGCAAAAAGAGGAAGCGCAAGCCGUACCGGCCUGGCAUCGGCGGCUUCAUGGUGCGGCAGCGCAAGUCUCACACCCGCCUGAAGAAGGUCUCGGCGGUGCUGGCCGAAGUGGGGCGCGAGGGGCUGAGCACCGAGGGGCACCCAGAAGACGGGGCUCCGGGCGACCUCCCGGCUGAGGGCGGCCUGGAUCCGGGCUCGGCAGAAGGGGACGAGAAGAAGAAGCGUCGGGGAAGGAAAAAGAGCAAGCUGGAGGACAUGUUCCCCCCCUACCUGCAGGAGGCGUUUUUCGGGAAGGCGCUGAUGGACUUGAGCCGGAAGGCGCUGCUGGCAGCGGGCGGCGUGGGGGACGGGGCUGCCCGCCCCUCCCUGGGCCAGGGUGCCCCGCGACCCAAGGGGGACCCCAGCCUGGCUGGGGUGCUGCAGGGUGCCCCCCCUGACAGGAGGGAGACCCCCACGCACCCCCGAGGGGACGACAGCACCGACGGCAGCGCCACCGCUCCUGAUGACGAUGGCAAGGACGACGCGAAGGCUGAGGACCUGGGGGCUGAUGAGCCAAAGGAUUCCCCAGACCCCGGGGAUGCUGAGAAACCAGCCACCCCGGGUGAGGGUGCGCUCAGCUCCGACCUCGACAAGAUCCCCACGGAAGAGCUGCCCAAAAUGGAGAGCAAAGACGUCCAGCAGCUCUUCAAGGACGUGCUGGGCUCAGCGGAGCGUGGGGAGCAGCCCCUGAACUGUGUGGCCGGGGGAAUGGAGGCCGGCGGCGCAGGGCAGGACCCCAGCCGGGCACAGCGGCCGUUCCUGCAAGGAGAUCUCCAGCUGCCGGGGCAGGGGAGUGUUUCCCUGGGCUCGCUUUCUGGAGCCGUCUCUUUGGACUCGUAUUCGGGUGUCUGCCAGUCCCCGUUCCUCGAUAACAGGGAGCGGAGUGGCUUCUUCAGCCCGGACCACUGCGAGCCUGAGAGCCCCUGGGCCAGCAGCUCAGCCGCUACCACCCCCUCAACACCCACGACACCCACAACAGAGGGUGAGGGCGACGGGCUGUCCUACAACCAGCGCAGCCUGCAGCGCUGGGAGAAGGACGAGGAGCUGGGCGAGCUCUCCACCAUCUCGCCCGUCCUCUACGCCAACAUGAACUUCCCCAACCUCAAGCAAGAUUAUCCAGACUGGUCGAGCCGUUGCAAACAGAUCAUGAAGCUCUGGAGGAAGGUCCCCGCCACAGACAAAGCCCCCUAUUUGCAAAAGGCCAAAGAUAACCGGGCGGCUCAUCGCAUCAACAAGGUGCAGAAGCAGGCCGAGAGCCAGAUCAACAAGCAGACCAAAGGGGAGGGACUGCGCAAGCCGGAGAGGCCCUCGCUGCACCUGCGGAUCCCAGUGCCGCCGGGGGCACAGCCCGUCUACAUCGGCAGCCCCCCUGCUGCUGGCGAGGGCUUCUUGAAGCCCCCGGCGGGUGCCGGAGGGGGGCCGGAGUCUCCCAGCGAGCUCUUCCUCAAGCUCCCGCCCCAGUCCCCCGCCCAAGUGCCUUCGCACGACCCCUACGGCGCGGCGCCCGCCUACACGCUGGAGCCCCGCUUCCCCUCACCCCUGGGCCAGAGCCCCACGGCGGGCGCUGCCUUCCAGCCCUUCCCUGGCCAGCCCCAGCCCCUCACCAGCCAGCCCCAGCCCCUCACCGGCCCCCGCACCGUCCCUGGCUCCCAGCCCCCCGACUUCCACCCCACGCCGCCCGGCACCCCCCGGCACCAGCCCAGCACCCCCGACCCUUUCCUGAAGCCCCGGUGUCCCUCCUUGGACAACCUCUCAGUGCCGGGGAGCCCCGGGGCCCGGCCCCCCGAGGCCCUGCUCUCUCCCCUGCCUUUUGGGGAGCAGAAGAAGGGCCUGGAGGUGAAGAAGGAGGAAGGGGGGAGCCUGGGGGUUUGCUCACCCAGCUACACUUCCACCAUGGGCUACGGGGACUCCCCGGGCGGCCCCCACCUCUCCGCUGCGGAGUUGAAGGCGGCUGACGUCUUCAAAGCCCCCAUGACCCCACGGGUCUCUCAGGUAGAGCCGCAGAGCCCGGGGCUGGGGCACCGGCCCCCCGACCCCCAUCCCCUGGCCCCCUCACCCCCUGGCCACCCCGAUCUCUACCGCCAGUCACCCUACCCGGACCCCUACUCGCAGCCCCCGCUGACGCCCCGGCCACAGCCCCCUGAGGCCUGCUGUGCCCUCCCACCCCGCUCCCUGCCCUCGGAGCCCUUCUCCCGUGUCCCUGCCAGCCCCCAGUCCCAGUCUAGCUCCCAGUCCCCCCUCACCCCCCGGCCACUCUCUAAUGAAGCCUUCUGCCAGUCCCCCGUCACCCCCCGCUUCCAAUCCCCAGACCCCUACUCCCAGCCACCCUCCCGGCCCCAGUCCCGGGACCCCUUCACCCCCCUGCACAAGCCCCCCCGGCCCCAGAUGCCGGAGUCAGGGUUCAAGUCGGUGCCGCUCUCGCACAGCCCAGCAGCUGGCGGGGGUUUUGGGGGUACCCCGGCGGGUGAGCCCCACACCAAGGCGCCAGCCGGGCAGCAACCCCCCUUCGCCCGCUCCCCCGGCGCCAGCGUCUUCCCAGGCGGCCAGCCCCCCAUGCGCUUCACCUUCCCCCCGGCCGUCUCGGAGCCGCUCAAGGGCUCCCCGUCCCACCAGCCCCACGGGAUCAACAGCCAUUAUGUCCCCGGCAAGCCCCAGAGCUCAGCCUACGCCUCAUCCCCCGGCUUCCACCAAGCCGGCAGCCCGCUGGGGCCGGGUGCCGCAGCUGCCGAGACCUACAGCCUCUCGCCCCUCCGGCCCCCCUCAGUGCUGCCGCAGCAGCCCCCAGCCACCCCACAGCAGCAGGAGGCCUCUGUGGCCUUCCUGCCCCGAGCCACGUUGGGGCCACCGGCUGACAAGAGGGAGGAGACGGCCGUGGGACUCUCAGCACCCCCAAACCGGGACCUGGCGGAGCUGCCCGGCGGCCAGGAUGGGGCCCUCGGCACGAUGAGCCAGUCGGAGCUGGAGAAGCAGCGGCAGCGCCAGCGGCUCCGUGAGCUGCUCAUCCGCCAGCAGAUCCAACGCAACAGUCUGCGGCAGGAGAAGGAGAGCGCGGCAGCGGCCGCCACUUCCUCGCCAGCGGGCUGGGCCCCCGAGGCCGGCAGCCAGGCCUUCGAGCUGAGCCGGGGCAUGGCUCCCUACCAGCCAGCGCAGGAUAAGGGUCUGCUUGGGACACUGGCCACUGCGGCUGGCGCUGGGAAACUGCCCAGCUCCGUCAUGGUGCAGGCAGCGUUUGCGCAGGACGAGCGGCUCUCCCGGCCCCCACCGGCAGCCACGCCGUCCACCCUGGACAUCAAUGGCAGGGCGGCGGUGGGGCCCCCCCAGGCCUUCUACCCCCGCGGGGUAUUCCCGGCGCCAUCCCAGCAGCAGCACCUCUGGCAGCAGCAGCAGCAGCAGCAGCAACAACAGGCAGCCGCGGCCCUGCGGCUCCCCGUCGCCUCCCGCUUUGCCCCACCGGCUGCCGGCACCCCCGUGGGUGCCCUGGGCACCCGCCUACCGGCACCUGCCGAGACGGUGCCCGCCUCGCCGGCCGCCCUGGGUGCCCCCUUCAUCGAGCUGCGGCACAACGUGCAGAAGGGACCCGGAGGGGUCGUGGGCUCCCCCUUUGCCCCCCAGGCACCCCGGCCCCGCUUUUUCCUGCCUGGGGAGGAGGGUACCCCCCAGGCCCUCUGCACCCCCGUCGUGCCUAUGCAGGCACUCCCUGCCCCGGCGCUGCAACCUCAGAAGAUGUCGGUGCCGCUGCCGCCCGCCUCCCCGCAGGGAGCCGAGAUGAGCAACAGCCACCACCAGCCUCACGCCAAAGCGGCCGCCCCACCGCCGCUGUCAGCCCCCAGCCUGGAGCUGCAGCACGUCCCCGCGCGCCCGCUGUCCUCCGGCUCUGCUCUCCGCACUGAGGGUCCCAAGGAUGGCCCCGCGCCGGACCCUGCACCAGCUCCGACCCCAGGGAAGAGCCACCUGAGCCUGGAGGGGGGACGUCUGCCCUGCGAGGUGCCAGUGGAGCCUGAUUUGGAUGACGAUUUUGGCUCCCACAAAGACCUGGAAGAUGACGACGAUUUGGCCAACCUCAGCCUGGAUCCGGACGUGGCUAAAGGGGAUGAUGACUUGGACAACCUGGACAGCCUGGAGACAGCGGACCCCCACCUCGACGACCUGCUGAAUGGCGAUGAGUUCGAUCUGCUGGCCUACACCGACCCUGAGCUGGACACCGGUGACAAGAAGGACAUCUUCAACGAGCAUCUCCGCCUGGUAGAGUCGGCCAACGAGAAAGCCGAGCGCGAAGCCCAGCUCAAGACGGAGCCGCCGGCGCCCACCUUGAAGCUCCCUGACCCCGGGGACGGCAAAGACACGGCUCCAUCCAUGGAGGAUCGGGAUGUGCCCAAGGAAGGGCUGGUGCCUGGGGUGGGCUUGGGACCUGCUCCCUGCCCGACGGGUGCCGCGCUGGCAUCUGACCCAGCUUUCAAGGCACAGGGCGCGGAGGCAAAGACGGGCUCGCUGCCUGCCGAUGUCAAGCCCAAGCUGGAGGACGGCUGCCUGAAGACCUCUCCCUGCCAGUUCACCGCCGGCGGCCCUGAGCGGCUCCCGGUCCCCGUCAAGUCGGAAGCCCUGCAGGGCACGGAUAAGAUCUCUGCCUCGCUGGGGCUGAGCCUCAAAUCCAACCAGACCCUCCUGAGCCCUGGGGCUGGCCCGGCUCGUCUCGGCUUGACUCACUUCCCUAACAGCGGCCACGCCGGCGUCCCCGUGCCGGAGAAGGAUCCCUAUGCUGGCCCUGGCCGUGGGCUGGCCCCUGCCCAGUUAGGCAGCCAGAGCAACCCCUUGCUGGAGAAGUUUGAGCUGGACGGUGGAGCCCUGGGCCUGGGCAGCGCCCGGCACUCACCGGCCGACGACCUGGACAAGAUGGAGAGCUCGCUGGUGGCCAGCGAGCUGCCCCUGCUCAUCGAGGACCUGCUGGAGCACGAGAAGAAGGAGCUGCAAAAGAAGCAGCAGAUGUCAGCCCACCUGCCUCGGGGCACCCCUCACCUCCCGGCCCCGGGGCACCCCAUGCUGCAUACAGCGGCAGCCGGGCAGCCCCCCGAGGGGCAGCCGCCCCGCCUGGGUGCCCCACAGCCGCCCCUUCAGCUGGGACUGGUGACCAGGCCACCGCUGAUGCCACCGCAGCCCCCCCGGCUCGGCGCACCCCAGCAGGGCCCGGCAUUGACCUCCCAUAUGGGCAUGGGCCCCGGGCAGCCCCACGUGCUGGCGGCCCCCCACAGCGUGCAGAUGGCCCUGGCGCAGCCACAGCAGAGCCAGCAGCAGGUGUUGGUGCAGAAGCCGAUGGCCGGGGUGCAACCGCCCACCCUGGGCCUGAAGCCCCCCCAGCUCGUCAUGCAACAGCAGUUGGCCAACAGCUUCUUCCCAGACACAGACCUGGACAAGUUUGCGGCCGAGGACAUCGUGGACCCCAUUGCCAAGGCCAAGAUGGUGGCACUGAAGGGCAUCAAGAAGGUGAUGGCUCAGGGCAGCAUCGGGGUGGCCCCGGGCAUGAACAGGCAACAGGUUUCCCUGCUGGCCCAGCGGCUCUCAGGGGGCCCGGCGGUCUCCGAGAUGCAGAAUCACUUGCUGGCGGGGAGCGGGCAGGAGCGGAGUGGCACCGACCCGACCCAGGCUCGCCCCAACCCACCCACCUUCGCGCAGGGCGUCAUCAACGAGGCCGACCAGCGGCAGUACGAGGAGUGGCUCUUCCACACGCAGCAGCUCCUGCAGAUGCAGCUGAAGGUGCUGGAGGAGCAGAUCGGGGCGCACCGCAAGUCACGCAAAGCCCUCUGUGCCAAGCAACGCACUGCCAAGAAAGCCGGGCGGGAAUUCCCUGAGGCCGAUGCUGAGAAGCUGAAGCUGGUGACGGAGCAGCAGAGCAAAAUCCAGAAGCAGCUGGACCAGGUGCGGAAGCAGCAGAAGGAGCACACCAACCUCAUGGCCGAGUACCGCAACAAGCAGCAGCAGCACCAGCACCAGGCCUCGGCCGUCAUGGCCCUGAGCCCCUCGCAGAGCCCCCGUCUUAUGUCCAAGCUCCCCGGGCAGCUGCUCUCGGCGCACGGCAUCCAGCAGCCGGCGGGGGCCGUGGUGGGCACGCAAGGCCUCGGCCAGCAGCCGGGGCAGCCCGGGGGGCUGCGCCUGCCCCAGGGCGGCGUGUCCAUGACCGUGCAGCAGGGCCUGUCCUUCAUGGGCCAGCAAGCCGUGGGGAACACCCCGGUGCCCGGCACCUCCAAUGCCUUCUUCGCCGGGAACCCCGCGCUCCGUGGGCUGGCCGCUGACAGCCGCCUGAUGCAGGAGAGGCAGCUCCAGAGAAUGCAGCUGGCCCAGAAACUGCAGCAGCAGAACAUGCUGGGACAAGUGUCACUGCAGCAGCAGCAGCAGCCGGGCAUGAUGGCACAGGCAUCCAUGCAGCAACAGGGCGUGAUGGCACAGGCAUCAAUGCAGCAGCAGGGCGUGAUGGGACAGGCGUCGAUGCAGCAGCCGGGUGUGAUGGGACAGGCGUCGAUGCAGCAAUCGGGUGUCAUGGCCCAAGCGUCGAUGCAGCAACAGGGUGUGAUGGGACAGGCGUCCAUGCAGCAGCCGGGUGUGAUGGGACAGGCGUCGAUGCAGCAACAGGGCGUCAUGGGUCAGGCGUCGAUGCAGCAGCCAGGUGUCAUGGGACAGGCCUCGAUGCAGCCGCAGGGCAUCAUGGCACAGACGUCGAUGCAACAGCCGAGUGUCAUGGGACAAGCUUCAAUGCAACAACCGGGUGUUAUGGCACAGACAUCGAUGCAGCAGCCGGGUGUGAUGGCACAAGCGUCCAUGCAACAGCCAGGCGUCCUGGGACAAGCCUCGAUGCAGCAGCCCGGCGUCAUGGCGCAGACAUCGAUGCAGCAGCCCGGCGUGAUGGGCCAAGGCUCGAUGCAGCCGGCAACCAUGGUGGGGCAGCCCAGCCUGCUGGGGCAGCAGCAGCCGGCACCGGCCCCACAGCCAGGCGCCGUGGGGCAGCCCAUGGUGCCGAAGCAGCCGGGGCUGAUGGGCAGCCAGCAGAGCCUGCUGGUGCAGCAGCUCUCGCCCCAGCAGCAGCCAGGCUUGCUGGGCCACGCGCAGGCGCCGGGGCUGCAGCAUCAGGCGGUGCUGGGCCACCCCCCGCCCCAGCGCCAGGUCCUUCUGGCCCCCCACCAGCAGCGGGUGCUGGGCUCACCCCAGCUGGCACCGCAGACUCCGGGGAUGCUGGGCCACCGGCUUGUGCUGUCCCAGCAGCUGGGGCAGUCACGGGCGCUGCUGGCCCCGCAGCAGCAGCAGCAGCAACAGCAGCAGCAGAACUCGGCGGCCGCCCAGCCGGGCCUCCUGGGGCUGGGCCAGGGACAGCCCUCGAUCCAGCACUUUCCGCAGCACGGGGCGGUGGGCCAGGCCCCCUCUGUGCUGCACCUGAGUCAGGGAAUGCAGCCGGCCCCGGCGGUCCUGGCUGCCAAGGACCAGCCUGGAGGGGUGGACAGCAGCACCCUGCCCGCUGAGGGCAGCGAGAGCGGGGGGCAGCUGCAUGGGGGUCCCCAGGAACAGCAGGGAGCCCUCAACCCCCCGGGGCUGGGUGGCCCGGAUCCCCCAGCCCCCAAGCACCAGGCUGAGCUGGGGCAGGGCCAGCAGCUGCUCUUGGCCUCCCCGCAGCAGGGCGUCCUGGGCUCGCAGCCGGCGCUGAGGGCAGCCCCCGUGCAGCCGGGCACCCUGCUCGCUCCGCCGCUGCAGAGCCCUGGGGCUGCCCGCCCCGAGCUGUCCCAGCAGCACGGGGAUGCCGCCGGGGCGGCGGAGCCAUCGCUGGGCUGCGGGACGGGCCAGGUGCAGGGCAUGGUGCUGCCACAGGCGCCACGGCCUCCAGAGCAGCCGGGCAAGGGGCCGUCGGGCUCGCUGCAGGGCCAGCCGCAGCCCCCACGGCUCCAGAGCCCCGGGCAGCACAAAGCAGGGCCGGCGGUGCCAUCGCCGGGCACGGCCACGCUCCCGCCGGGUCUCCUGGGGCAGGUGCCGGGGCCGAUGAUGGGCCAGAUCCGGGCGCAGCUCCAAGGUGUCCUGGCCAAGAACCCGCAGCUGCGGCACCUGACGCCCCAGCAGCAGCAGCAGCUCCAGGCCCUCCUGGUGCAGCGGCACCAGCAGAGCCUGCUGCAGCAGAGCCAAGCGCUCCGGCCCCCCGGCCCCUUCCCCGGGCAGUCCCCGGACUACGGCUCCCCAGCCCCUGCGGCUCGCCAGCCCCCUCGCCCGCUGGGGCCCCUCUUCCAGCCGCGGCCGGGCGCCCCGGCGGAGGCACAGGCCGGCUUUGCCACCGAGCAGGGCCGGGUGCUGCCAGGGCAGCCCCCCCAGCAGCCCCUGGCCGAGCUGGUGCAAGCAGCCCUGGCUGCCCGCGGCCCCCAGCCCAGCCUCGUCCGGCUCCCCACGCCACCGACCCCCUCGCCCUUGGGCUGCGCGCCCCAGCACCUGGCUAGCCCCGAGCAGAGCCCCCAAGAGCCAAAGAAGACAUCGCCGGGGGUCCCGGCCUCGGUCCCCAGCCCCGCAGCGCCCACGGAACCGGGGCUGGCACCCACGUCGAGCGGCACCCUCCCUGACGCAGCACAUGGCCCCUGGGACCCUGAGGCACCCGGUGCGAACCCAGUCGACCCCAGUGAGACCCACAUCAACGGGGCUGUGCCGGAGGGAGCCUCUACGGCAGGCGAGCCCCCCCAGGUGUUGGUGAAGCAGGAGCCGAAGGAGGAAGCAGCGGCGGCACAGUGUGAGCUGGGUGGAGACGAGGUGGCGAAACCGGAGGCCAACGGGGACCCUGGGGCCGGUCAAGCCAACAGUCUGCUAGCGCCGGGCAGCCGCUCCGAGGCCGGGCACCUCCUGCUGCAGAAGCUGCUGCGGGCCAAGAAUGUGCAGCUUUCGGCGCAGAGUCCAGGCGAGCUCAACGGACACACGGAGAGCCGGGGUGCCGGGAUGGAGCCGCGGCCGCAGCCCGUGCUGCUGGGCCGGGAGGACCCCUCCAUCGCUAGGAAGCCAGUGGCCACGAAGCCCAAGCGGGUGCAGAAGGGCAACGAGCGGGUCCCGGCCUCCCGCAAGAAGCUGCGGAAGGACGAGGGGCUGCGCCCCAGCGAGGCUCUCAUGAAGCAGCUGAAACAGGAGCUGUCGCUGCUGCCGCUGACGGAGCCGACCAUCACAGCCAACUUCAGCCUCUUCGCACCCUUCGGCAGCAGCCCCAUCAACGGAAAGAGCCAGCUGCGGGGUGCCUUCGGCAGCGCCGUGCUCGACAGCGUGCCCGACUAUUACUCCCAGCUACUCACCAAGAACAACCUCAGCAACCCACCCACACCACCCUCCUCGCUGCCCCCCACGCCACCCCCCUCCGUGCAGCAGAAGAUGGUGAACGGCGUCACAGCCCCCGAGGAGCUGGGCGAACAGCCCAAAGAUGCCGACCCGGCCCGCGAGCCCCACAGCCAGAAAGACACACCGGCUGUGGAGGUGAAGAGCCUGGACCUGCUGGCAGCUCUGCCCACCCCUCCCCACAACCAGACCGAGGAUGUCAGGAUGGAGAGUGACGAUGAGAGCGACUCCCCCGACAGCAUCGUCCCUGCCUCGUCCCCUGAGAGCGUGCUGGGCGAGGAGCUGCUUCGCUUUCCCCUGCUCAGCGAGGCCAAGCCGGAGCUGGAGGAGCGUGUGCUGUCCCCCAUCAUCCCCAUCAUCCCCCGGGCCAGUAUCCCAGUGUUCCCCGACACAAAGCCUUACGAGGCUGUGGAGCCCUUUGGGGCCCCCCCUGGGAAGGUGGGGGCGGCGGGCCCAGGUGCCCCGUGGGAGAAGGGCAAGAGCAGCGAGGUCUCAGUCAUGCUAACGGUGUCUGCAGCGGCUGCCAAGAACCUCAAUGGGGUGAUGGUGGCCAUGGCUGAGCUGCUGAGCGUGAAGAUCCCCACCUCCUACGAGGUGCUGUUCCCAGACGGCCCCAUGCGAGCAGCCGUGGUCGAGGCCAAGAAGGUGGAGACAGACAUGUCUGGGGUGCUUGGUGGCAAGGAGAAGGCGGCACUGGCCGGGAAGGUGCCGGACAGCAGCUCCGAGUGGCUGAAGCAGUUCGAUGCGGUGCUGCCGGGGUACAGCCUCAAGGGCGAGCUGGACCUCCUGACGCUGCUCAGACAGGAGAGCCCUGUGCCCGAGAAGACCCUGCACCACUGUUACGUCAACAACGUCUCCAACCUGGACGUGCGGCAGCUCUCCGUCAUGCCCCAGGAACCCUCACCCCCGCUGUCCCCCUCUGUCCCUUCCCCGUCCAGCCCUGCUGAGGCUGCCAGGGUCCCUGACCCCGAGGCGGCCCACGAGGCAGCCCCAGCCCCCCCGUCGCCCCUGCCGCCGGCCCCCUCGCCAGCCCCCCAGGAGGAAGGGGCUGCGGCCCCCCACUCGCCGCCCCGCUUCAAGCCGCGUUCACGGCCGCCGGAGGACGGGGACGAAGCACGGCCCCGGCUGAAGAAGUGGAAGGGAGUGCGGUGGAAACGGCUGCGCUUCCUCGUCACCAUCCAGAAAGGGGGGGCCAAGCGGGACGGUGACAAGGAGAUCGCGGAGUUCAUCGACAAGCUCGGCACCACCCUGCGCCCCGAAAAGGUGCCCCGGGACCUGCGCAAGUGCUGCUUCUGCCACGAGGAGGGUGACGGGGCCACGGACGGGCCAGCCCGCCUGCUCAACCUCGACCUCGAUCUCUGGGUCCACCUGAACUGCGCCCUGUGGUCCACAGAGGUCUAUGAGACGCAGGGGGGGGCCCUGAUCAACGUGGAGGUGGCCCUGCACCGCGGGCUGCUCACCAAGUGCUCCCUGUGCCAGAAAACCGGCGCCACCAACAGCUGCAACCGCAUCCGCUGCCCCAGCGUCUACCACUUCGCCUGCGCCAUCCGCGCCAAGUGCAUGUUCUUCAAGGACAAGACCAUGCUGUGCCCCUUGCACAAGCUGAAGGGCCCCUGCGAGCAGGAGCUGAGCAGCUUCACCGUCUUCCGACGCGUCUACAUCGAACGGGAUGAGGUGAAGCAGAUCGCCAGCAUCAUCCAGCGCGGCGAGCGGCUCCACAUGUUCCGCGUGGGCGGGCUGGUCUUCCAUGCCAUCGGGCAGCUCCUGCCGCACCAGAUGGCCGACUUCCACAGUGUCACGGCCCUCUACCCUGUGGGCUACGAGGCCACGCGUAUCUACUGGAGCCUGCGGACCAACAACCGCCGCUGCUGCUACCGCUGCACCAUCUGCGAGAACAACGGCCGCCCCGAGUUUGUCGUGCAAGUCAUCGAGCAGGGCCUGGAGGAUCUGGUCUUCUCCGAUUCCUCACCGCAAGCCGUCUGGAACCGGAUCAUCGAGCCGGUGGCGAUGAUGAGGAAGGAAGCCGACAUGCUGCGACUCUUCCCCGAGUACCUGAAGGGCGAGGAGCUCUUUGGCCUCACGGUGCAUGCAGUGCUGCGCAUCGCCGAGUCGCUGCCCGGCGUCGAGAGCUGCCAGAACUACCUGUUCCGCUACGGUCGCCAUCCACUGAUGGAGCUGCCGCUGAUGAUCAACCCCACCGGCUGUGCCCGCUCCGAGCCCAAGAUCCUCACCCACUACAAGCGGCCCCACACCCUGAACAGCACAAGCAUGUCCAAGGCCUACCAGAGCACGUUCACGGGCGAGACCAACACGCCCUACAGCAAACAGUUCGUGCACUCCAAGUCCUCCCAGUACCGGCGCCUGAAGACGGAAUGGAAGAACAACGUAUACCUGGCGCGGUCCCGCAUCCAGGGGCUGGGGCUCUACGCGGCCAAGGACAUCGAGAAGCACACCAUGGUCAUCGAGUACAUCGGCACCAUCAUCCGCAACGAGGUGGCUAACCGGCGGGAGAAGAUCUAUGAGGAGCAGAACCGUGGCAUCUACAUGUUCCGCAUCAACAACGAGCACGUCAUUGACGCCACGCUGACGGGGGGCCCGGCCAGGUAUAUCAACCAUUCGUGUGCCCCGAACUGCGUGGCCGAAGUCGUGACCUUCGACAAGGAGGACAAGAUCAUCAUCAUCUCCAGCCGGCGCAUCCCCAAGGGGGAGGAGCUCACCUACGACUACCAGUUCGACUUCGAGGACGAUCAGCACAAGAUCCCCUGCCACUGUGGAGCCUGGAACUGCCGAAAGUGGAUGAACUAGCUGGGAAAAAAGGGGCUGGGGGCCACAGCCCCCGCCUCGGAGACCUCGCCAAGACCCGCCGGGGCUGCGGGAGGUGCCAGGGCGGCCGGGCAGGCAGCGGCGGCGGCCGGGGCACGGAGGCUGCGGCGGGGAGAGCGGCCGCCACGGAACCGCCGGCCCUGCCCGAGCGGGACGGAUGGACGGACGAACUGGCAACUCAGGGUUUUCUUUGCUUCGUCCUGCGAGGAAAGGGGGGGGGGCUGGCGAGACACCCCCCCACCCACCGCCACCACCACCCACCGCCCGCCUCCCUCGUGGAGGAGCCACGGGGGAGCAGAGCGGUCCCAGCGGAGCCGGAAAGAGUUCGGAGCCGGCCUGGAUUUUUAUUUUUAUUUUUAAUUUUUUUUUUUAAUUUUUUUUUUUUUUUUUUUUUUAGAAACAAAACUAAUAAUAUUUGCUCGCUAAUUACCAAGGUAACACAGACUCCUUGAGCUCGACAAUCCGGGCUCUGUCCCGUCGCACCGCGGCGGCCAGAGCUCGCUCGGUUCCUUUGAUCUCUUUUUGUUUGUGCGUGUGGACGAGACCCCCGGAGCGCGGCGGCGCGGGAGGACGCGCCUGCGGCGAGGGCCCCCCGACAGACACAAGGAGCUUCUGCACCCAAACCUACCUCAUUUUAAGUGUUAGAUUUUUUUUUUUUUCUUGUUGUUGUUUUUAAAUGUGAGCCCCCCCCCCUUCCCUACCACCCAUCCGGGCAGAGCCUCCCACCACCGGAGCUGGCCCUUGGGGGGGUCUUUCCCUUUCCCGUGGGCUCCACGGGCUGCCCUCUCCCCCCCCCCCCCAAAAUGUCCCCCUCCUCUGGGCGUGGCUGCAGACAGCCCCUCACCGGGGUCCCCAGGCAUUGGGGGGGGGGGGGGGGCACAGGGGACCCCCCAUCCUCGUCCCCCACCCCGGGAGGUCCCAACCAUGCGACGUGCCAAGGUGUGAGGUGGGGUUGGGGGGGUGAGGGGGGAUGUGCCAGACCUGCUCCCCCAGCACUGGGGGGGCUGGUGGGGCCAGGUGGGGGCCCCCCCCCCACUCGCCCACAGCCCCCCACGGCUGGGGCUGCACGCGACUGCCGUCGGCACGGGGUGUGUGUGUGUGGGGGGGAAGGUUAUUUAUCUAUUUAUACCUUAUAUUGUAUAUACUAGAUGGGAGGGGAGGGGGGCUCUUUGUGCUCUGCUGGGCUGAGAUUUGGGGUGCAGGGGCAAGGGGGGGGGGCCGCGGCAUUUUUUUAAACGCAAUCUUCGAGGUCGGGGGCCGGGGCUUGGGGCGGGGGGGGGGCAGGUCUGGAGCCUCCUGCCAGGCAGGGGCGGCCUCGGAGAGCGAAGCAGCGAGUGGGCAUUACACACCGGGGACGUCCCCCCCCUCUCCGCCGGCUGCAGCCCCC